AUGGACAAGACUAUCCCACUCAAGAGACUGGAAGUCAGGCUAGACAACCCUACUAUUCGCGUCGACACCUAUGAGGAUGUCCAAUCGUCCAAAUUCGUGACUGGAAGAAUAGUCUUGAUGAAUCAAGAACCAUUGCCCAUUCGAAAUGUGAAAGUCUGGCUUCGUGUGGAGAGAAAAGUUUCGUGGUUCAUCAAAUCGUUCUCGUAUCAGCUCGUCAAAAACAUCGACAACAUACUGCUGAAGGAAGUCACACUGUAUCCUCCCUCACCACACGUCAAACCUGCGAAUCGAUUAGAGCCUGGAAACCACGUCUGGCAGUUUUGCUUCGAACUUGAGACACCUAUCGCAGAGAGCAUUCAUGGAUUACACCAUGCGCAUCUAAGAUAUAUUAUAGAAGCCGAAGUGCUUAUGAGAGGCCUCCUGUCCCCAACUCUCCGCGCUUCUCAGACUCUCCACGUCAUCAAUCCGAGCAGCACACAGGUCAGAAAUAGCAGCUCAGAGCAUCAGAAGAAGUCUAGUGUCGGAACCAAGGGUGUCGAGUACAUCAUUUAUGCUCCCUCUGUACGACAUCGAUGGGGUGAGCCUGUCGACUUCGAAUUUCGUGUGCCCAGGUCACCCAACGUGGGACGAAUAUCGGCAAUCUUUAAGUUGAGAGAAGAGAUAAAGCUUCAAGCACUUUUCAAUAAGAGACUUAUAUCGGAUACGAGGGAGUCGUUUAUUGCGGAAGGGGAGAAAGACCUAACGAGUGAAUCUACCGCGACACAGGUCCGCUUCCCGCUACCCCGUUCACUCACUGUAUGUCGGCAGUCGGUCAAGGAGGAGAGAAUCCAGAUAAACCAUAGUAUCAGGAUUACACUUGAGAUUGAGGAUGAUUACGGAAAGGUUGAACGGGUCGAGUUCGACUUUCCGUUUCAUCUAGAAUUCCCAGUAGGUAUAAAAUUUGACGAAAAAGGGAGCGCAUGUUUUGAUGGCGUAAGAAAGAUACCAACAGGAGAGGAAGAAGGUCUCCUUGAUGCACCUCCACCAUUCGGAAAGCAUGAUCAAGAUCAACUUUAUGCACAAGACUCCAUGCCGACCUACCUCACAUCCACAGACGUCGAUCAUCAAGCAAUCCAAAACCCAGAGCGUUCGUCUGGAGAGUUGAGAAUCAAUAGUCCAUCAGAAAUAACGCCCUCUUAUGAAUUGGCGGUGCAGGGCCCAGAGUUGUAUUUCAUGUCCGGCAAUUCACUGCCAACUUACGACAACAUCAGCGGUGGACUUGAACAACGUGGUCACAUAGAAUACCCGUCACCGGCUGUCUGUCAUAGAGUUCGAUCGCACUGA